AUGUCACCCUUGUUUUGCCACCAUCCGGAUCCGCGCUCUGCGUUAUGCUUGGUAGGUCAGGUGGCAGCACCGCUGCAGGCACUUUGGAUUUGGGCACAGGUGCUCUCACACACCCUGCCGAGCUUUGGCCUCUCAGCCGUGACUCCCGAGGUUGAAUUGGGUAGGUAUAAGCAAAUUCUGCUGCAGCAAAGGCAGGACAACUGGCUGUUGCCAUCAAUGCUCUCAGGUGGCACCAUUGCUCUGCAGGAUGCCCAGGGCAGUCGCACUGAAAAGGUGUCAGGUCCGGUGACAGCAGGACAGCUCAUAAGUGCCGAGGCCGCCUUCUUGUCACCGGGGUUUAAGCUUCAGGUUUGGGUUCACGGUCGGGUUUUGCCCAGGUCUGCCAGGCUUGCUUUCUUGCCCAAGGGACCAGAGUAUACUUUGAUUGUGCAGCGCAAGGCGGCUGCACAGGCUCCGCUUCAGAGCCCUCAGGAGGCUUUGCACACUGUAGGCGCUUCGGAUUUUACCAUCUGGUACGGCAUUGGGCUUUGGCUUCAGAGCCCCUUUGUAGUGACUGAUUUCAAGUUGGUUCCACCGUGUGCCUCGGAAACUUUGAUGCAAAUGCUGGCAGAGGAUAUGACUGUGGCAGAAGUAGGCAACUUCGUGCUGCCACGGGGUGCGGUGAUCUUGGUGCCUUUUGUGUCGGGGGGGCAUUGGUCGUUGCUUACCCUGUUUGCCGGGCCAGUCGGAGUAGAGGCUGAGCUUUGGGAUGGGAUUCCAGGGAGAAAUCUUCGGGCGGCUAGGCUUUUGGCUCAGGCUUUUUGCCAAUUGGAAGGCACGGCGCUGUUGUCCUUGAUAGAGAAGCACCACUGGCUUCAGCAGGAUGCCACUUCGUGUGGAGCUUACGUGCUGGCGCACGCAGCUGCCCUUGGGCUUCGGGAUGCGCCGGCUACUUUGUUGGACUGGGCUUGUGACUUUCUGCGCACUUUCCCUCCUCACUUGGCGUCGUUGCAAGGGUUCGGGGGCUUGACAGCAGAGCAGGAUCGUGAGCUUCAGGCUAUCCUGGUGUCAAAAGGAGUUCCGGCCGAAGUGGUGGGUGCUAGGAUUCAGGCUGCGGCUGCCAAACUUGGGCCCGGUCCUCUGGCAUCAGCGCUGUUGCAACGCAACCCGUGGCAGGCCCUGAAGGCUUGUGCCUCCAAGCCAGCCAACAUGUUUCGAUGGAUUCAGGCCGAUGAGCUGCAAAGCCACAUCGAAAAGCAAGCUCAAUCGAAGUUUGGAACUGAGGUCCCACGUGCUAAGGCCAAGAAGGCAAAGGUUGCGAAGCGCCCGCUUCAGGCUCCACUGCACAUUGACCCAGCUCAGUUGCGCCUUUCCCCGGGUACGUUCGUUUCGACUUCGGGUGCUCCGCUGUGCCAGUUGGCUUUUCCGGAGGUGCAGGCACAGGCGACUGGAGUGUGCUUUUGUACGGUUGGGCAGGCCACCCCUUUUGUGCAUCAGGCCCGCAAUUUGAGUGUGGACCCUCUGGCCCUAAUCACCACUGCUGAGUUUGCGUCUGAUCAGGUUGGCUCGGCUCGAGUCACGAAUAUUCGCUAUCCUGCGGUUUUUACGCCUACGGAUGAGGCAGUCUUGGUAGCAGGGUCUUUGGUCCAGCUUGGAGACGAUGAUGUUCAGCUCGCUUCAGCUGACAUAGCAGAACUGGAGCGCAUUGACACGGUGGUGUGCCGUCUUAACCUCUACAAAGACGAGUGUGCCUGGCCUUGGGAUAAGGUGAGCGAGGCACCUAUUCGGGUGAUUUUGCAGCAGGUCCCUGCCCUUGCGGUUUGCCGGGACCCUGCCUGUAAUCAGGCGUGUGGUUCCUUCCACCCUGCUGUGGAUGAGGUGGUGGAGCAUCUUUUCUUGGACAUCUGGGCUCGCCAGUGGUGCCGUUUGUCAGGGACUAGGACCAAGGCAGGGGAAGCAGAGGUUUUCCAGGCUUACCUGCGGGUGCCCAGCUCGGCGGUGUCGCAUGUCUUCAAGAUAGGUUGCAAUGGCCUGUACUUCGAGCCUCGGGCGCCAGAUGGUUCCGGCCCGCAUCCAGCGUGGACUGUCGUGUGGCUACCGGGAGCCACGGCGGCAGCAGCACAACAUGCGUUGCGCACGACAGAGAAGGCAGUGGCACUGGCGAGGUUGGGUAACAAGUACGGUUUGAGGACACGUGAGGCAGAUGAACAACAGGUGUUUGAGGCGCAUCGGCCUCAGCAUCAAUUCUUGAAGCUGCGCGUGACGGCUCAUUUCAGGCUGCAUCCAUUGCCUCAUGGAUUGCAGCGACCAGCUGUGGUCCAGCUUUUGAAGCAGUGGGGUUGGGCAGGUAAACCGUUGCAGCCCGAUCGUGGGGACUCAGCAGGUGCUGCAUGGCUGGUGGGGGCUGCGUGUGACCCGCCGGCCCCAGCGAUGCCCCUGGGGGCUGAGUAUGUGUUGAUCACAAAACUUCGUGACAUUGGUGCUUCCGGGAAAAACGUUCCCCAGCCUGUGUAUGCUUCGGUGCGAACCAAGAAAGCCUUGCUCCUUGACGAUGAUCCUGAUGAGCCAGGUGCGGAUCCAUGGAUGGGGGGAGCGGAUCCUUGGUCUGUCGGUAGAUCGCAGCAGGUUGCAGCGACCGCCAAGCCAGCUUCCUCCUCAGCAGCUACAGCAAAGCUGGAUCAGAUUAAGGCCGACCUGAAACAAGAUCUGCAACACCUUGUGUCUGAACAGCUUGAUGCCAGGAAGGUCUCAGAGCCUCCGCCGGGUUUGAGUGAGCAGGACCACCGGUUACAUCAGUUGGAAGUGGGCCUGACUGAGGUCCGUCAGCAGAACUCUAAGUUCGAAAACUGGUUUCAGAGUUUCGGCACCAAGGUUGCCGAUCAAGCGCAGCAGCUGCACACUUUGGCCGGCACGGUAAAGGAGCAACAUCAGGAGCUCGCUAAAGUUAGGACGGAUGUACAGGCCACGGUCCAGUCGGCUGUCCUCGGCUUGCAAACUGACCUGUCGGCCCAGAUGGCGGCGCAGCUGGCAGGCCGAACAUCCGGGCCCUUCCUUGUCUUUCAGUCUCAGUACGAGCAACCCUUCUGGACUCCGCCAGAAAGAGCUCUUUUUCGGCGCCAUGCAACCGACAUGGGCAGGCAAGCACGCUCCGUGGCAGGUGCUCCCGCACCUCUUCGGGUGAACAGUCUUUGGGCCGGGUCUUGGACCGGUGUGCUUCAGGUCAGUGACUAUCCGUGCCGCCCGUUCAGGCUUCCUUGGCCUUCUGGACUUUAUGAGUCAGGGCGCGUUGUCGUGGCCCAGCAUUAUCUGGAAUCGACCCCCGUGCAGGUCGCAACAGUGUAUGGUUAUCCAACUGGCCCCACGUGGCCUGACGCCUUGACCCGCACCGACAAUAUGUUGCGGUGCCUUACCCAGGAACUAGUCUUGGGGGCCAGGGGAUUUCGAGUUAUUACCGGGGAUUUCAAUCAUGACAUUGACCGCCUGGAUCAGUGUGCCGUGUGGAGAAGCCAUGGUUGGGUUGAGUUGCAGUGCUUGGCAGAGCGCCUUUGGGGUGUUGCACCACAGCCCACGUGCAAGCAUGCCACCCGUCGUGAUUUCAUUUGGUUGUCGCCAGAGGCUGCAGCAUGCUGUAUCAAGGCCCAGGUCCUUGAUGUGUUUCAGGAGCAUUCAACGUUAAUUGCUGGGUUCUCUCUACCGGGUCAUUCCGUUUCUGAGAUUACCUGGCCUUUGCCCUCGGAGAUUCCCUGGGCUAGUGUGAACAUUGAUUCCUGGCACGAGCUGGGCUCUCAUGCGCCAGUUGUGGCAAAGGAUUCAUCACGAUGGUACUCGGAGUUUUCCCAAGAGUUCGAGCGCAGCUUGCGGGGAUUUGUGCCAGCCCUUCAGAACAAUCAGCUCCCGUCGGCUUGUUUUGGACGUGGCAAGAGACUUGCCCCGCAGGUGCAGUGCAGUACGGUGGCUGUGCCACGGCCGAGUCGAUGUGGCGAGGUAUCCCUCCGCCACGAUGGUCUGUGCACUGAGGUCAAACGAUGGUUUCAGCAACUUCGUCGGUUGCAGUCGUUGAAACAUGCGGUGGCUGCAGCUAGCCCGGCGCCUGCGGCGGUGGAUUACCGCCUGGCACUUUGGAGGUCCAUCUGUGGGGCCAAGGGAUUUGCCGGGGGGUUUCGAGGUUGGUGGCAGAUUCGGCCGGCCCGACUGGUCGGAAGUCCACCUGAGCUGCCGCACACUGUGCCUGAUGUGGCUUCGGCUACUAGUAUCUUUGAGGAUUUUCGUUGCAACUUCCGCCGGUUCGAGGCAUGGCACAUGCAGCGUCGUGGUCAAAUCCUUGAUUGCAAAUAUGAGAAGUCUUUGGCCCAGCUCUAUCGUGAGCUCAAGGAUCCCGUCCCAGAGCAAGUGGACACUCUUAUUGUGUCCCGUGAGUAUGCCAUUUUGGCUGUUUCCUCUGCAGGCAAUCAGGUGCACUUGGAUGCCGUGCCUGACCUUCGCGGCUCCUCUACAUGGGCCGUUGAUGGUCAACCGGUGGCGGUUACUGAAGUUGAUGAUGUCGUGUGCACCUUGUCUGCUGCUGCAAGUCCCGGUCAAGAGCUUGAGCAAUGUCAAACGCUCUCCUCAGUAUCGGAUGUUCAGUCUGAAUUCGUUUCAUUAUGGGCUGGCCGGUGGCAAAAGCAUGCCACUUUUACGGCCACACAUUGGCAAAGAUUCUUGGCAUUUGCAAGUGCCUACCUGCCGUGCCAGGCUUUUAGCCUACCCCGUAUCGAGGCUGCAGAUUGGUUGCGUGCGGUGCGCCGCUUUCGCCCACGUGCUGCUCGUGGACCGGAUGGAUGGGCGAAGGCGGACCUUCUUCAUAUGCCCCAUGACAGAAUCCAGCAGUUGUUGGCGUUUCUAGCUGAAGUUGAAGCCGGGGAGCGCGAGUGGCCUCAACAACUUGUGACUGGCUUCAUCUGCUUGCUGUCUAAAAGGAAUGGCCAUACAGAUGCACAUGGAUUUCGUCCCAUCUGUUUGUAUUCCAUUGUGUACCGCACAUGGUCCGGCAUUCGAGCUAGGCAGUUGCUUGUGGCUUUGAAAGGCAGUGUGCCUGCUGAUCUUCAUGGAUUCAUACCUGGGAAGGAAGCAACCACGCUAUGGUACUGCAUCCAAGCACAAAUCGAGCUUUGUGCUCAGGGGGACACGCCCCUCCUGGGAAUGUGCACAGACAUCGUGAAGUGCUAUAACAAUCUCCCGCGACUGCCCUUGUUAGCGACGGCGGCUCGGUUGGGGGUUCCUUGGCAGGUGCUAAAUCCGUGGACAGCGUUCUUGAAGCAAACCCAGCGUCGCUUUCUUAUUCGCGGACAAGUUAGCGAGCCGGUGGCAUCCACUUCGGGCUUCCCUGAGGGUUGCCCCCUUAGCCCUGUGGCCAUGGUCUUAGCAGAUGUAGCAUACCAUAUGUACAUGGCAGUUUUUGUGCCGGAGAUCCGGACGUUGAGCUUUGUGGAUAACUUGGCCAACAUUGCAUCCACGCCGGCGCAGAUUGCUCGUGGACUCCAUGCCACCCAAUGUUUCAUGGACAUGCUGGAUCUAAGUAUCGAUGCGGCCAAGACGUACACUUGGGCCACACAGCCUCAGGAUCGCAAAGUGCUGCAAGUCUUAGGACCGGCGGUUGUGGAAAGUCAACGGGAGUUAGGUGGUUUCCUGACUUUUGGGUCACGGGUUCGCAAUGCCACACUACAGGGUCGCUGUGCCGCGCUUUCGCCACUUUGGGAUGCCCUUCGACGCUCCAGGGCACCGACGGGGUUGAAGUUGUCGGUUUUACCAAAAAAGUGCUGGGCUCGGGCUCUCCAUGGAAUUGCCGGCUGCCCGUUGGGCGUUUCCCACUUAAGUGCUUUGCGUGCUCAGGCAACUGCGGCACUUAAGAUCCGACCGGGUGGAGCGAGUUCCCUCUUGCGCCUUUCCAUCGCCCCUGAUAUGUGCGCGGAUCCCGGUUUCUAUCAACUCUGGCGAUGUGUUUGUGACAUGCGUCGCAUGGCGUGUAAGCUGGAAGGCUUCCUGCGUAUGUGGCGUGAGUUCAUGGCAUCCUACGAUGGUCGGGCUUUGCCGGGGCCCUUCACAAAGCUGGUGCAGGUGCUCUCCCAAGUUGGAUGGUCGAUUGGGUCUCCUCCGGUGGCAUGGGACCACGAGGGUCUUCAGCAUGAUUUGGUAUGUGCACCGGCAGCCAUGUUACGUCGGCGACUCGAGCAUGCAUGGCUACGCUUUGUGGCCUUUUCCCAUCGGCACCGGGCUACGAUGGGUGACUUGGACGGUCUUGAUCCCAGUCUGUUGCACGCUGAUGCGAAGGGCCUUUCGGCAUUGGACACUGCUCGUCAAGCUGCUCUUAGGUCUGGGGCUUUCAUUUUCGAUAAUGUGCAGGCCCGCUUCGAUGUGACAAAAUCUGGGCUUUGCGAGCUUUGUGGCGUUGAGGAUGAUGCCGAGCACCGGGUGUGCCAAUGUCCUAAGUUUCAGGUUGUGCGGGCACCACAUGCUUGGGUAUGUUCUCGCUGGCAUUCCCUACCUACCUGCAUGACACAUCAUCUGCUACCUCCAGACAAUCCGCAUUUGCCUGGCUUCCGCAAGUUGCUUCAAGGGUUGGGCGAUUUCUCGGGGAGUUUCGCUUGUUCAGGGUUUGGCACGGGAUGGCAACAUCUGUUCACGGAUGGUUCCUGCAAUGCUUCGUGGAGUCCUGAUUUCUCGUUGGCGGCCUGGGGUGUGGUCCAUUCCCAGCAUGGCGCGGCUCUCGCUUGUGGGCCAGUUCCGGGCAUUUGGCAAACAGCACCUCGGGCUGAAUUGUGGGCAGUCAUCGCGGCCGCCAAGUGGGCAGUGUUUCAUGCUUUGCCGUGCUUUGUCUGGUCUGACUGCUUGAAUGUUGUUGAGGGCAUCAGUAUUAUCCAGGCUGGUUCGGAUCUUGAACAGGCUGCCGAUAAAGAUUUGUGGGACAUCUUGAAAGGGCUGCUGGAUCAGCUUGAUUCUGGUUCCUUUCGGGUAUGCCACACUCCUUCUCACUUGGAUUCAAGCUUGACGGAGUCUCCGUGGGAAGAUUGGCUGGCUCGAUACAACGGACAUGCUGACACACUGGCGGCGGCGGCGAACGCAAACCGGCCACAGGUUUUGGUGGAUACAUACCAGGCAGCGCUUCAGUAUCAUGAGAACAAUCUUCAGGUGCUUCGGGCGCUGCGCAGCAUCUACUGUGGCAUUGCGGAAGCGACCUCGUGUCGGAAUAAGGGUCAACAAUCAGGCGUCGUCCCAGAUGAACCCGAAUGCCGGCCGAUGGCCGUGCCUCGAAGAUGUGAGAUUGAAGCUAUAGUUCCGGUCGGUUGGGCUCAGCAGGUGCUCACUUGUACAGCAGACUUGCCAGGUGAAUUUGUUUUGCGCCUGUGCCGCUUUGUCUUCGAACAGGACGCUGCGGCUGCGCAGGCUUUUCAGGUGACGUGGCUAGAGUUAGUCUUUAUGUUGGAGGCUACUGGUGACUUUGUUUAUCCGGUGGUGGGUGAUAAGGGCGGUUGGGUGUCUUCGGCCACGGUAGCUUUUUUACCUCCGCCACCAACGGUGGCAGGGAGGUUGACGCUGGUACGGCGUGCUCUCAGGCGGGCCUUGAAGUGUCUUCGGCUCCAGGGUCUUUUCGUUUCGGGCAUUGACAGGUCUGAUUUGGGGGUCGGGUUCCCUUUGGAUGGCAUCGUUUUCGGGGCUGAAGACUCACUUCUACUCCGGGCGAGAGCUGCACUUGGUCGAUUUGCACAGGGGCGCCGUGUGCACACGCGCGCGGCGCUCGCUCGACCCAUUUGA